AGCUGCCCUCAGCUUCCAGUCGGAGCCAUUCACUUUCUGUUCCUCAUCCCCAUCAAGAACACAACGGCCCCUGCUGGCGGAGGUGAAAAUGAAGCGCUCCCUGGGACUCUGCCUGAUGAUCCUCUCUGCUCUGAUCGGAUUGGGAUCGGCCAUUCGUUGCUACAGCUGUAAGGACUACACAUCCAGCUGCACCAAACAACGAGACUGCAGCUACGAUGACGCUUGCCUCACCCUCAACGAGAGAGGUGGAAUGACGUACCGUCAGUGUCUGAAAUACUCGGAUUGUGACUACAACCGACUGGGCCAGAUGUUCCCUCAGGUGUCCAGCUUCACCUUCAAGUGCUGCAACUCUGACCUGUGUAACUCCGCCCCCUCCUCCGCAGUGAGCUCUGUGAUUGGUCUGCUGGCCUCUGUUGCGGUCAUGUGGUGGUGCGUCCACUGAAGCUCCCACGUGUCUUCUAAAAAGGCUUCUCUAAUGUUAUUGAUCACUCAGAGUGUUGUUAUCUAACUGAUGUUCUGUCAGUCAUCUGAUCAUUAAAGCUUCAGAAUAUUUGCUCACAUCAUAAUUAAUCACACAAAUAAUCAUUUACUCAGUUCACCUGUUUGACCUGAAUCACCUGCAGAGCUGCUAAAGAGGCAGAAACCCGGAUUCACGUGAUCAGAUGAAGAUUUUCAUCUCUACUCAGUUUGAAAUGACAUAUCUGAAACCUGCUUCAGCAUUAAUCAAUAAAGGUUUAAAAACAAAA